AGCGGGGCCGGGAAGAUGAACCGGAGUUUCAACAAAUCUCAGACUCUGCGGUAUCUGGAGUGCAGCGCAGUGGAAGUGAAGAGUAAGUUUGGGGCAGAGUUCAGAAGGUUCUCUUUGGAUCGCUACAAGCCAGGGAAGUUUGAAGACUUCUACAAACUAAUUCUUCACAUUCAUCACAUAGCUAACCUGGAAGUGAUGAUCGGAUAUGCCGAUGUGCAUGGAGACCUCCUCCCUAUUAAUAAUGAUGACAACUUCUUCAAGGCUGUUUCAAGUGCUCAUCCACUGCUCAGGGUUUUUAUACAAAGACAAGAUGAAGUGGACUACAGCAAUUUUGGGACCAACACGCUAUCGAGGAAGAAGAAGGCUCUGGUGACUCUCCGCAAUGACAACCUUCGCCGGCGCCCUCACAUCAACAUUAGCAUGCCGCAUGACUUCAGACCAGUGUCCUCCAUCAUCGACGUGGACAUCCUGCCUGAAACACACAGGAGAGUGAGGCUGUAUCGGCACGGCUGCGAAAAACCCCUAGGCUUCUACAUUCGCGAUGGCACCAGCGUAAGGGUUACUCCUCAUGGACUAGAGAAAGUACCUGGUAUCUUCAUCUCCCGCAUGGUUCCUGGAGGCUUAGCAGAAAGCACAGGCUUGCUGGCUGUCAAUGAUGAAGUCCUGGAAGUUAACGGCAUUGAAGUAGCAGGAAAGACUCUUGACCAAGUCACAGACAUGAUGAUUGCCAACAGCCAUAAUCUUAUUAUCACGGUCAAGCCAGCGAACCAGAGGAACAAUAUUAUCCGAAGCAGUAGGACGUCUGGUAGCUCUGGCCAGUCUACAGACAGCACUGCGAGUCACCAUAGCUUGUCCACAUCCCACGUGCUGCAGAACUUCCACCCUGAUGAAAUGGAGAGUGAUGAAGAGGCUGACAUAGUCAUCGAGGGCGGUCUGGAGCCACAGCACAUUCCUAAACUGCACAGCCUUACUUCCAGUAGCCUCUCUCGAAUCAAUGGUAGCAGCCUUAGCCACAGACUUCAAAGGGACCUGGUGCUCAACAACAACUCUGGACGAGAAAGCAAUGGCAACAUCCACAAAUUACUCAGUUCCUUAAAAACUGAUCCCCGACACAGUCUGGUUAUCCCCAGAGGAGGUAUUGAGGAGGAUGGAACAGUCAUUACACUUUAGUAGCAAUUCCUGCAACUAUCCUUUCAGUCUUAAGUGCCAAUUGGGACAAUUGACUCUUGAAACAUACUGUGCACACAAAACAGAGAGCUGAUAUUCUCAUAGACCUCAUGGGUGCAGAAAUUUGUUGCUUUCUAAGAAAAGUGGAAUCUGGAGUUAGACAUAAAACCAGUGCACUGCAAAAAUUUGUCAGGAGAAAGCCACUGUCAAACCUGGUUUAUGCCCCAGCCCCAAAGUGAGAACUCGGAAUUGGUUUAGUUGGUAUAAAUCUCAGCAGUCUUCGAGGCUACCAAUAGCAGUGCUACAUACGUGGAUUUGAAUGCAUGGGUGGAUGUAUUUAUACAUGCAUGUAUAUGAAUUAGAUUUUAAUAGUAACAGAAAUGUCUAUUUGAAGUGGAAUCUGGCUUUCUUCUAAUAGCCAUCUGAAUUUUGGCUGUUACAUACAGACCUUCCGCUAACUUGUUUACACCAUGCUUCCAACCUUAUGUCUAAUCCAGACAAGCUCUAUAAAAGUAGCAGUUUCCUACUCGGGUAGUAAGAAUAUUAGGGAGAUGCUGCAAAUCCAUUUUCCAAGUGAAACGAGAUACACACAUAUAUAUAUAUAUUUUAUAGACCUAAGGAGAUGAUGCUGGUGGACGUUGCUGUCAUUACUGUGAGAUCAGCACCACCCUCUGGUCAGAGGCAGACCUGCCUGCAGCACACGCAUGUGCUGCACGGGGAAAGGAGAGCAUCACAGCAAGGACUUAGAGCUAGGCUCAGCACCAUUUUGUGUGUAAAUGUAUUCUUCUCUGAUAUUUAUUAGAUAAUACCUCUCUUUUUUUCCUCCCCAUCAUCUCUGUUUUUCAGUAUCAUGGUUCAUGUGAAUUUUAGGGAUGCAAGCAGACAUGGACAAGUGUGCUAGGGCUCUCACUAUCGUCUCAGAGCUGGCACAAGUGCUUGCUGUAUCUCUGGGGCAACCUAAAUACACAGAGGCAUUUCCUUAGAAAUACUGGCUAGUCGCUCUAGUGAGGAGGGAUGUGGACUGACUGUCAAACUUAACUUAGAAUAGUUCUGUUAUUUUUGGACUUUUCUAAUAAUAAAUCUUAGCACCUACACAGGAUUUGUAGGAACAUAAAAUACCUGGAUGUUUGCAAUGGUCAGGCGUGUUUACUGGCUGCUGGCUAGUGGGUAACCAGUGACUGUUGAGUCUCAAUAACUGUCUGCUUCUGAAAAUGUCAUGAAUUUAUGAAAGUGGUCUAAUCUAAAGUAUUUUAUUAUAUCUUGAUCAGUGUAAGGAACAAAAUAUAAAUGUUUUACAAUGUAUUUUUCUACUUUCAGCUUGUGUAAUUUUCUUUUUGUUUUUAACUUUGUAGUACAUUAAAGGUUUGUUUGAUUUUUUUAAUAUGGUGGAAUAGACAUUUCUUAAAUAUUAUAUGGAUAUGAAAAUUCAGAAGUCUUGGUUUGGAGAGGAAAAAAAAAGGCAUUCCAUUUUGGAAUCUGUAAUGGCUGGACAAAGAAUGUGUGGACUAAUUCAUUGUCGCCAGUUGAGGAUACCUGUGGAACAACCAGUCGUCUUCUCUUUGUUAAAUAUGUUUGGGACAUUGAACUUAGUAUAUUUCUUUUAGAUUUGCUUUAAAAAUAAAUAUUUUAAUUCUUUCACUUACUCUAAUUAAAACUUUUAGGUAUCGCAGCAAUUAUAGAGCUGUAUGUAUUAUUCCCAGCACAGUAAGACUAGAACAUUGAUCCUGUUCAUCUGAAAACUGUGCUUGUUCUUUACCAAAGGUUUUCAUUUAAAAAAAAAAAUCUGAUUAUUGGUGCAGUAAAAAAAACAGAGUAGCUGGAUGUGCUUUGGUCAAUCCAGACCAUUUUAUCAGGAAAAUUUUGUUACACCUUAAAUAAGACUACUUUUAUGAAUAAGAGGAUUUGUCUGCCUGAAGUUACUCGUUUUAUCUUAUUUAACUGAUGAAAAUGUGACCUGUCUGCAAUAAAAUGUGCACUGUCUUACUUCUA